AUGAGCGCGAAGCUUCUCCAGCGGUUGGCAAUCGGAGUGGCGGCGGCCUCGGCCGGUAUUUACAGUUGUUGCUUCGUCGUGCGCCCUGGGGAGGCUGCAAUCCUCUACAACAAGAUCACUGGGCUCAAGGAAUCGGUGUACGGUGAGGGUCUGCAGUGCCGAAUCCUGGGUCUGGACGAUAUCAAGAUGUUCAACAUCCGCAUUCGGCCCCGUGUACUGCAGACGAUGACAGGGACAAAGGAUCUUCAGAUGGUGAACAUCCGUCUGCGUGUGCUCUUCCGCCCACAAAUUGAGCGUUUACCACAAAUUUACCGCACAUUCGGAAUGGACUAUGACGAGCGCAUUCUCCCCUCCGUCAGCAACGAAGUUCUCAAGGCUGUUGUGGCGGAGUACAAGGCAGAGGAGCUGAUCCAGAAGCGUGACUCAGUGUCGGCACGCAUUUACCAGCUGAUGCAGGAGAGGGUGUCGCAAUUCGGCCUCAUCUUGGAAGACCUUUCCCUUGUCGACAUUCAGUUCGGUAAGGAGUUCAUGAUUGCUGUGGAGCAGAAGCAGGUCGCCCAGCAGGAGGCGGAGCGGUUCCGCUACGUCGUGCAGGAGAACGAGCAGAAGAAGAAGGCGGCUAUUGUGCGAGCGGAAGGUGAGGCCGAGUCAGCGCGGCUCAUCUCGGAGGCGGUCAAGCGCUCCGGGUCGGGGCUGCUGGAGCUGCGCCGCAUCGAGGCCGCGGUUGACAUCGCGUCGCAGUUGGUGCCGAUGCGAAACGUCACUUUUCUUCCCGGCGGUAGCAAUAUGUUCUUCAACAUGAAGACACACAGCGGAUGA